AUUAUGAAUAUUACAAUUACAUCAAAUUGCAUCAAGUUAUAAAAUUAUAAAUAUAAUAUUACAUAAAUAUAAAAAAUUAUUAUCAAACAUAUAUAUUAUAAUAUAAUAUAUUCUCCUCUAAAUAUAUUUUACAAAACAUAAAAAUACAAAUGGACAUUUUAUAAAAUCAGUGGUUUAUAAAUUUACAUUAAACGCAAGUUAAAUCUAAUAUCCGCGCGGGAGCGCGGAUCAAGAUCUAGUAUAUAUUUAAAAUAUUUAGUAUCUUACAAAUGUUGAAUGAGUUGAUACAGAUAAAUUAUAUUUUUUUGGACAAACAUAUUUUUUUUGGACAAACAGAUAAAUAUAUUCACAUUGUAUAUAUAUAUAUAUACGAUUGAACAUAUACAUGAAGCAAAAAGUAAAAAAAUGAAGCACCGCUAGAGAUGCUCUUAACGUUACCAUGGGUUAUUAAGUUAAAGUGAACGUCUGUGAAUAAAGUAGUAGGGGGAAUAUUCCCAAUCUACCAAAAUGACAACUGACAAGGUACAUUUGUAUAGAAUAUAACCAAACCUCUGUUACCGUCAACUGAAGUCAUUCUUUUGUACUUUAUUACACUAGCUAGGCCACUGGCUGUCAUUAACUUCAGACUACAUUUUUAGCAAAAAAAAAGAACUUCAGACUACAUUUCCAUAAUUGGCCAGUGAUAAUCGUAUCUCUCUAGUCGCCCAUUUUGCCUACUGCUAUGGAAAAUUAUAUUGGUUGGUCCUACUAAAUGGGAACUCGAUCAGGUAAUGCAAUUUUAAGUAUAUGUAUACAUUUAGGAUGUUCUAAGAAUGUGUACAAAGAUUAUAAGACAUACAAAAAUAUUUGAAGACUUCAUUUACUUAUAAAACUUAGAAAUCUGUUACCAAAAAUGGUAGAGAUCUGUUACGGUCAUUCAAUGAUAUCGCACCAAAAGCACCUUAGGCCUUCUUGCUCGAUAGCACUCAAAACAUAGUGAACGUUGUCACUUUUUCUCUUCAAUAUUUGAUGCCUUUCUAAUACUAACUGCAUUAAAUGUCUUGUUUCAUGUCGUUCAUGAUUAAGUCACUUUUCAUAUUCAUGACUAGUAGACUAGCUUGGUUUUUAAAUAUUCACUUAUCUCCACUUUCCAUAAUUAGGAUAGAAUCAAGAGUUCUUGUUAGGUAAUUAAAGGUUCAGAUAUAACCUUGGUUCCCGUUUAAAUUCUAGAUUUCUGUUCCAGCUCUGCACAACUUCAAUUCAAACCUCUUUGGGAAAGUCAUGCUUCAACAAUUUCCACCGUUGCCGGAAAUGAAAAUUUUCUAUUUUUAUACUAGUUCUUUUUUGUUAAAGAACUUUAUAUCUUAUAAUAGUUGUAUGACAACUUCUUAGUUUUUGUUUCCAAAAAAAUAUUCAAAGUGACUCUUUGGUACUUCUUAAGGAACAAAUAAAUUAAUUAGAAGCUGAAAAUAUGUUUUGGUCCGAUUAGAGUAGCCGCUGGGCCACCUGCUUGUUCCGACUACUCGUGGUUUUCAUUUUCACUUUCUCCUUCUUUAUGACAUAAAAGUGAUUAGUUGCACUAAAAAGUUCGCUGUCCUACGCAUGGUGACGUGUAGUAAUAUUUAAAACUCAAUAUUACAGUAAUAUAUGGCUUGGAUACUUUUUUAACUCAUUUAAAGGUAAAAGUUGUACACAAUAUAUGGUAUUUGCUGAUUAAAAAUAUAUUAAAUCUAUUAAUUUGAUACAAAAAAAACCAAAACGACAUACUACAUCAUACACAUUAGUUGUAUAACGUCAAAUUAAAAUGAUAAGCCUAACAAACAAGAUUAUAAGGCUUUAUAAGCCAAUACAUAUAUAAGUUUGAACAAAAGAAAGCCAAUAUGAAUGAGUUGUUAAUUGCUUGCGCCUAAGUGUGAACAAGUCUAGAUGGGUAUAUUUACUUUGUUUUCUUUUCUUCUGUAGAACACUUCAGACAAGUUAUGUCUUAGUCACUUUAUCGGUCUCCCAUAGUUUUGUAACAAAUAAAAGCCGCAUUCUAAAAACUUUUCUAAUCCCAACAAAAAUCUAUUUAUUAUUCAAUGCUCUACCAACUUUGUUCUAUAUAUAUUCAGGACUCCAUAACCAUUCAACACUCUACCAACCUUAUAUCUCUAAUCACUCUCUUAAUCAUUCACAAAUCACUUUUGAAGCUUUCACACCACUAUUUCUUUCUUGGAAAAUCCUCUCUCAAUUUCCCUUCUUCGGACAAUGUUCUUGUCACACAGAGAAUGCCAUCGACUUGAGUUGCAAUCUCUCCUAAACAACAAAACGAGCGUUGAGAAGCGUUUCUAUUUCUGGAUUUUUCAAAUAUUAACAGUUGUAGCUUCGUGAUCGUGACUUCAAUUGUAAUAUCUCUUUCUGAAUUUUAAAUAUUUACGUGGGUCAAGAUUUUAGCCGUUUCUUGUGUACAAAGUCACUUAGUGUCAGAGUUAUUGCAAAUGGGAAGUUCAAGUUUACCUCCAGGAUUCCGGUUCCAUCCUACUGAUGAAGAACUCAUCGACUAUUACUUGAAAAGAAAAGUGGAAGGCCUCGAAAUCGAGCUUGAAGUCAUCCCCGUUAUUGAUCUUUAUAAAUUUGAUCCGUGGGAGUUACCAGACAAGUCUUUUCUCCCAAACCGGGACAUGGAAUGGUUCUUCUUCUGUUCAAGGGACAAAAAAUAUCCUAAUGGUUUGCGUACAAACCGAGGAACAAAGGCGGGUUACUGGAAAGCAACCGGAAAAGACCGGAAAAUUACAUGUCGUUCAUCUUCUACGGUCGGUUAUAGAAAAACCCUAGUUUUCUAUAAAGGUCGUGCUCCGUUAGGCGAUAGAACUAGUUGGCUCAUGCAUGAAUAUCGACUAUGCGAUGAUGAGAGUUCAUCACAAGGUUCACAAUAUUUCAAGGGAGCUUUUGUGUUAUGCCGUGUGGCUAAGAAGAACGAGAACAAGAGUAACUCAAAAAUUCAAAGAAACCUAAGUGAACAAACACUUGGAUCAGGAGAAAGUUCGGGUUAUUCAAGUCGUGUGACUUCACCUAGUCGUGAUGGAAGGGUGCCGUUUCACUCAUUUGUCAAUCCGGUUUCUACAGAAACCGACUCUUCCAACAUUUGGAUUUCACCUGAUUUCAUUCUUGAUUCUUCAAAAGACUAUCCUCAAAUCCAAGAUGUUGCACCUGAGUACUUUCAAGACUUUGAUUUUCCGGUUUUCGGUAAUCAAGACGUUGAUGUUCGAGCGAGUACCUUGAAUGCAAAUGUAGAUCAGAGCAUAGACGAAUCUAUGCAAACUGGUUACUGGACAAAUUGUUGGUACGAUCAAACCGGUUUAUUUGAUUAAUCCGAUUUCUCCUAGCUAGACGGACUUUCGUUGAGGUCGGUCUCUCUUUUAAGACAAAAACAACUUUUAUCGUUCGAGUCAUCUAAAUUUUAGCACUGGUCUAUCGAUUGUUUAAUUAUUCUGUUUCAUUACAAUUAAUAUUAUGGAUUUACUAUAUAUAUUAAUAUUAUAGGUACGUAUUUGAAGAUAUAUGUUGUUUUCUUUGUGGAAUUUCUUUUUCUUCAGUAGGACUGUGUAUUAUUGUCAUCUUAUGUAUGCAACGAUCUCUCAGUGUUACGAUGAUGAUUAGUUGUACCACGCACUAUAUAAAGAAAUUUUUUUCUUGACGUCA